CGACCACUGGACCACUGGACCACUGGACCACUGGACCACUCGACCACUGGACCACUGGACCACUGGACCACUCGACCACUGGACCACUGGACCACUCGACCACUGGACCACUCGAACACUGGACCACUCGACCACUGGACCACUCGACCACUGGACCACUCGACCACUGGACCACUGGACCACUCGACCACUGGACCACUGGACCACUGGACCACUGGAUCACUGGACCACUGGACCACUGGACCACUGGACCACUGGACCACUGGAUCACUGGACCACUCGACCACUGGACCACUGGACCAGUGGACCAGUGGACCAGUGGACCACUGGACCACUGGACCACUGGACCACUGGACCACUCGACCACUGGACCACUGGACCACUCGACCACUGGACCACUGGACCACUGGACCACUCGACCACUGGACCACUGGACCACUGGACCACUCGACCACUGGACCACUCAACCACUGGACCACUCGACCACUGGACCACUCGACCACUGGACCACUCGACCACUGGACCACUGGACCACUGGACCACUGGACCACUGGACCACUGGACCACUGGACCACUGGACCACUGGACCACUCGACCACUGGACCACUGGACCACUGGACCACUCGACCACUGGACCACUGGACCGCUGGACCACUCGACCACUGGACCACUGGACCACUGGACCACUGGACCACUCGACCACUCGACCACUGGACCAGUGGACCAGUGGACCAGUGGAACAGUGGACCAGUGGACCAGUGGACCAAUGGACCAGUGGACCACUCGACCACUGGACCACUGGACCAGUGGACCACUGGACCUCUGGACCACUGGACCACUCGACCACUCGACCACUGGACCACUCGACCACUGGACCACUCGACCACUGGACCACUCGACCACUGGACCUCUGGACCACUGGACCACUCGACCACUCGACCACUGGACCACUGGACCACUGGACCACUCGACCACUGGACCACUCGACCACUGGACCACUCGACCACUGGACCACUGGACCACUGGACCACUGGACCUCUGGACCACUCGACCACUGGACCACUGGACCACUGGACCACUGGACCACUGGACCACUGGACCACUGGACCACUCGACCACUCGACCACUUGACCACUGGACCACUCGACCACUGGACCACUGGACCACUCGACCACUCGACCACUCGACCACUCGACCACUCGACCACUGGACCACUGGACCACUGGACCACUGGACCACUGGACCACUGGAUCACUGGACCACUGGACCACUGGACCACUGGACCACUGGACCUCUGGACCACUGGACCACUCGACCACUCGACCACUGGACCACUGGACCACUGGACCACUGGACCACUGGACCACUGGACCACUGGACCAGUGGACCACUCGACCACUGGACCACUGGACCACUCGACCACUAGACCACUGGACCACUCGACCACUGGACCACUCGACCACUGGACCACUCGACCACUGGACCAGUCGACCACUGGACUACUGGACCACUCGACCACUCGACCACUCGACCACUGGACCACUGGACCACUGGACCACUGGACCACUGGACCACUGGACCACUAGACCACUGGACCACUGGACCACUGGACCACUGGACCACUGGACCACUCGACCACUCGACCACUGGACCACUGGACCACUGGACCACUGGACCACUGGACCACUCGACCACUCGACCACUGGACCACUGGACCACUGGACCAGUGGACCACUCGACCACUGGACCACUGGACCACUGGACCACUCGACCACUGGACCACUGGACCACUCGACCACUGGACCACUCGAACACUGGACCACUCGACCACUGGACCACUCGACCACUGGACCACUCGACCACUGGACCACUGGACCACUGGACCACUGGACCACUGGACCACUGGAUCACUGGACCACUGGACCACUGGACCACUGGACCACUGGACCACUGGAUCACUGGACCACUCGACCACUGGACCACUGGACCAGUGGACCAGUGGACCAGUGGACCACUGGACCACUGGACCACUGGACCACUGGACCACUCGACCACUGGACCACUGGACCACUCGACCACUGGACCACUGGACCACUGGACCACUCGACCACUGGACCACUGGACCACUGGACCACUCGACCACUGGACCACUCAACCACUGGACCACUCGACCACUGGACCACUCGACCACUGGACCACUCGACCACUGGACCAGUGGACCACUGGACCACUGGACCACUGGACCACUGGACCACUGGA